CAGCAGGUAGAAGCCGGUGUGCACGCAGGCAAGGGGAGCAGGGAGGGCUGGCUGGGGGAGGGGCAGGCCCUCUGGUUAGCCCGGUCCCAGCCCUUCAGGUUCAGGACACACUCCCCAAAGGCAUCCCGUGAUGAGAAAUGACUCAGGCCUGUGCAGACCAAGCGGACACCUGCUGACUGGGUGGCGGGGCAGGGGGGACCGGGCGGGAAGGUCAGCUGUUCUAGAAAAGCCUAGGGUGUGGGGUGGGGGAGGGGCUCUUCAAAUGGCUUGAGCAGGGAGUGGUUUCUUGUGGCAGGGAGGGGUGUCCUGGCUUGGGUCUGGCUGUGGCUUUGAUGUGAACUCUCGAUGUGACCUUGAAAAAGACUUGACCUAGUCUGGGACGAUGCCCUUGAGGGGGAAGAGGGCUCCGCAGCCCCCACGGCCUGGCCCUGGCCUCUGGUCCUCCUGACCUGUCAGGCCCUUCAGGACUGGGCACUGACCCCUGCCGGGCGGCUCUCUCUUAGUCCUAAGAUGGGCUGCUGGGGACACAGCACAGCCCAGGAGGUGCCCACUGGAGCGGAAGAGCUGGCCAAGGGCGAGCGUGCACCUCGCAGGGUUGGGGGCAGGCCUGCGACCCCUACUGGCUGUGGAAGCCCCAAAGGGGAAGAGGACCCAUUCCACUAUGACUACGAGACUGUCCGCCAGGGAGGCCUGAUCUUCGCUGGCCUGGCCUUCGUCAUAGGGCUCAUCAUCCUCCUCAGCAAAAGAUUCCGCUGUGGGGGGCAUAAGAAACGCAGGCAACUCGGUGAAGACGAGCUGUGACAGCAGCUCCCAGUCCCUCUCCUGCCUCCCUCUUUUCAGACUCAGCUGAGGACCCCCAUCUAGGCCGGACCGCUGACCCACCUCCUGUCUGCCAGGCUCAGCCUGAUCAAUCGUGGUGGGCUUUGCCUCCUGCCCGCACCACCUCCUGCCGGUAAUAAAGCUGGCUUCAGAAAUGGC